AUGGACUUCCUUUUGGUAGACAGCCUGUUCUUCUCACAACCGUUGCCAGCAGAAAACGCACCUGUACAGCGGUCUCACCGCUUUCUAGGAACGCACAGCAGGGUCGUUGAUUUCCUCUGCAGACUCGACUUCGGACAGUAUUUUGUGACAUACAACGAAAAUCAGAUCAGCACAUGGCAGGACCUACAGAACUCAGUCAACCAGGCCUUGUUUUCACCAGGUGUGCCAGGCCACCCAAACACGCCCGUCGGCGGAGAAGAGCCACUGGAUCGUGUCUACUACGAGAACAACUGGCCCUAUGCCCGCAGUUUCUUGUGCCGGAGGUUUGUCAAAGGCCUGGUCGACAAUCUCCAGAACCCACCGGCUGUAGGUGGUCGAGAGGAUGCGUCACUGGUGCGAUUUCAACAAUUCCUGUUCGAAGCCGAUAAACGAAACGAUUUGGAGUUCUACUUUUCCCGGAUCGGCCCUACUUCAAACCUAUCGAUGCUUACUGGAAGACGUGGGUCCAAAUCACCCUGGCCUGUUUGGCCCUCGACGAAGAAUACCCAGGUUCGAUUGAGGGCUGACUUAUUCACGGUUUUAGAACGUCUUCUGGUACACUUUGGCUUUGACUGGAUUUCUCUACACAGAAGCCCUGGAAUUGCCACGCUGGACACCAAAUUCAAAGAGCUAUACACGCUCAAGGCCGAGAAGAAGUUCAUUGUCCGUCGCAGGACGUGCGUCGCCAGCGUCCUCAGCAUGAGGUCGACAGAUAAGUUCAGGAAUGUCGACCUGUGCCCGGCGAGCUGGGCCUCUGUGGUCCCCUUGCUGCACCGACGCACACUGAUACUCUUCAAUGAACUCCAUUCGGAGGUAGAUGGUCUGGGCUUCAAGGACUGGCUCACAGACCCAGGACUUUGGACUGUCAUCGACCAGCAGAACACGAGUCGUGACACAGAGACCACAGCAGUGGUAUUCAUCUACAGGCUAGUGUGCCGCGUAUGGGAGCGCGUCCUUUUGGAGUGGAGGAGAGUGCUUGACCAGAGCUCAGAACAUAUCAAGGUUUCAGAGACUCGCGCUCUGGACGACGAUCUCGACGUUGCUGAUCUCGAAGAACUCGCGCGACAGACGUGGCGUGACUCGCAGGACUGGUCGACCAUGAGCCAGCUCUUGCUUGCUCAAAGGAAGACGAUCGCGCACGCUCUGGGGUACCUGGAAGCUGUGUCUCGCAGUGCAAACCUAUUUCCACCCCCAGCCACUCCGACAUCGCCCUCGAACGAGAUCGUGCGCCUGGAGAGGAUCAUCAGCGAAUUCAACGAGAUGGAGCAGAUUGUGUCCCAAGAGUUUCCCAACCGCGGGAGGAACAUCUCUGAUUUUGUAUGGAUCUUCCGGCUCACUGCGUCACAGAAGCAACGGAGCAAUAGAACUGGCCAACUGACGAAACGAGAACAGGUGUACAACAUCAUUGGCGCCCGGAAUGCCCAAGCUGCUGAAAACUAUUCCAAGGAAAUGGGCAACAUUACAUGGAUCACGUUUAUUUUCUUCCCGCUUAUCACUGUGUCGGGUCUUUUCGGAAUGAACGUCGACGUCCUGGCCGAUAACCCUUCGAUCAAGUGGUACUUUGUCGUGGCGGUGCCCUUGACACUGUUGGUUGUGGGAAUGGCUCUGUUUAUCCGGCGGCGUAGGAGGCGGUAUUAUUAUUGA